AUGAACGAAACGGAUAUUAUAAGUGAAAAUGUCACUCAAAUAAUUACAACUCUGUUACCGUUAACGACAUCAACCGCUGAUAGCUUCACCACAACCUUCGUUUCUUUAGAAACCACAGAAAUAACAACAUCUCUAUCCCAAUUGACAACAGAAACAACAGGUUUAAGUGUCGAAAUCAUGGCUAUACCAUCAUUUUCCCGCCAUGUUCUGUAUAUCUCCGUCUGCUCUAUAUCGGCUGCUCUGACACUGAUUACAGCUUUUAUUAUAUUGCUCAAAGUCUUCUUCUUUCCUGAUAAAUAUAUUUUCAAAAACCCACCGAGCAACAGUCCCAGACCAUCACUAGAUGAAUUGCCACCAGCACCUAAUCCUGUUCAGUACCGUCUGGCAGAUUACCCUGUCUACCAAGAUUCAGUUAGUAAAAGAGUAAGCGAAAAAAGGAGCUCAAUCUACGCCAAGCCGGAGAUUUAUGGUACAUUUAUCAACCCGACGUUUUAUGAAGAUGCUUAUGAAAGAUGGCGUCGACAAGAGGCAGAAAAUAUUUACACAACGGAGCCGAUAUAUAUUUCUCCCAGGGCUAUAAGACCCGUUGUAUUUAACAAUGGAAUUUAUGCCACCUACUCUCCACAACCACAACCGCGUUUAACUCUUCAACAGCAACCAGGUUUAGCGUUACAACCACAACCACGAUUGAAGCUGCAUGAUGAUGACAAUCCAUAUGACGAUAAUGGUGAUGCAGUUAACCAAGACGGUGACUAUAUAGAGGUUAAUCAAGACGAUGAUGAUGAGAAUGGUGUGGAAGAGAGUUGGGAUGAUGAGUCUUUUAGUGAGAGACCAGGUGAUAAUGAAGCAGUACCUCGUCGUAUCAUUGAUCCAAGAAUCAGUAAAAUAAGUAUCUUUACUCACGGUGAUCAAGACGGUUACCGAAGCUCUGGACAGCAUUGGCAAGAGAUGGAAGAUGACGACGAGGUAGACGGCUUUGAGUAUUUAUGA